CCUUGACAUAUAUCUAUAGAGCCAUAGUAACAUCGUCUAGGUACAUAGCAGGGACGUGCUGCAUGUGUACACUAGGUACCUGCCUACCUGUAAAGGUCCAACAGGCAGCUAGGUCCCGGUCGUCAUCCAGCCCUAGAGCUCUAUCAUAUCCGAUUCCAGCAAACAACAUAGUACCUACCACCUCUACCAAUAUUUCUGCACCAUCUCGAACAACUACGUUGUCGACAACUCAUUCACUUUCUGCGAUAUCAGAGCACGAUACCAACACCAAAGUGUCCGACUGUGGAUCGCUUUAAGUUUCUUAUUCUCAACCAAGCCCUUUCCCCCGACGAAAAGGAUUAUCCAUCACAUCGCAUCAGCCAGUAUGCCUGGCUUCGACUUCUCGAACUACAACCGCAAUGCGGCUCUACACGCACGAGGUGUUCCUUUGCCAAAGGCGACCAGUACAGGUACCACCAUCGUCGGGUGUAUAUUUGAUGGCGGUGUCGUGAUCGCCGCCGAUACUCGAGCCACUAGUGGUCCCAUCGUCGCCGACAAGAACUGCGAGAAAUUGCAUUACAUCUCACCCCAAAUCUGGUGUGCUGGUGCCGGCACCGCUGCCGACACUGAGUUUACCACGGCCCUCAUCUCUUCUCAGCUCGAGCUACAUUCCCUCUCAACCGGUCGAAAGCCCCGCGUCGUGACUUGUAUGACCCUCCUCAAACAACAUCUCUUCCGGUACCAGGGUCAUAUUGGAGCGUAUCUCGUCGUUGCCGGUGUUGAUCCCACAGGGACCCACCUCUUUACCGUGCAUGCCCACGGGAGCACGGACAAGCUUCCUUACGUGACUAUGGGCUCAGGUUCUCUAGCGGCCAUGUCCGUCUUCGAAUCACAAUGGAAGCCGAACUGCACCAAGGAGGAUGCCAUGGAGCUCUGCUCUCAGGCUAUUCAGGCAGGUAUCUUCAACGAUCUGGGUUCGGGAUCUAACGUCGAUGUGGCCGUCAUUACAGCGGACAAGACGACCUUGCACCGCGGCUUCAUCAAGCCGAAUGAGCGCAGCCAGAAACUGAAGAAUUACAAGUUCAAGCGUGGCACCACAGCAGUGCUGAACGAGAAGAUCAUUACCAAGGACGAAAUCGGAAAAUACGUCAGUGUACAAGAGUUAGAGUCGGCCGAAGGAGAAAAGAUGGACGUCGACUCGUGAGGGAUACACAAAUCACGGAAAAGACAACGUUACGCUGAGCUUCUGUACCGAUAUGAUGUGAUGAUAGAAGGACAUUAUCCCUUCCAAACAGGAUGGGUAAUGAAAAUUCAGUGGUCAUGCCGGCUCUACUGGUUCAGCUCUACUAUCUAGUUCCAUCAAUGAAAUAGAUAUCCUCUUUAUAAAAAAAAAGCAAUAGUGAGCUUGGUACUUACGACGUCGUUUAUUAACGCAGCAUUUUUAACACAUUCGCCGAACCAUCACUUAGGCAUUUGACUUAGCAGCGAGAAUUUCGUGAGGUUCUUAUGUCCAAAUCAAAUCGAGUUUCGGCAUUACAAGUUACCUAUAUGUCGUUUCCAAUAAAAUAUGCCUACGUCUCUCUAACCCAUUGUUUUAUGUGGGUACUAGAAUUCAAAGAGAACCAGAAAUCAUCAAUCUCUCCUAUACAUGUGUAUACGGGUAGG